CUAAUCUUAAUAUUUUAACAUAUAAUUAGGUGAAAUGAAUAUGUUUGUUGAAACAUAUUAUAUUCAUUGUGAAACUGACAUUGUUUACCUGAAAAAUACAGCAAUAUAAAACCUGAAUUUUCCCAAACAAAUCAAAACAACCAGGAACCAGCAACUGCACACCCAAAAUUUGAAGGUGAAAAAGGCUGGUUCAUUUCGUUUGGCUGCCGGCUUGCUGGCUAUGAACCUCUAGUGGGGUUUUCUGGUUGGGAAAUUCAGAGCUCGAUCUGCUGCAAUUUCGUGGCUGUUCUCUGAACUUCUUGACUACCAUCUCUAAUCCCCUUAAUGGAGAUUCCAGAUAAAAUGGAGGCAGAGGCUGAAAGUCAUAUGAUAUCAGCUGCUGCAUUUGUGGAAGGGGGAAUACAAGAGGCUUAUGGCGAGGCCUGCAGCAUAUGCCUUGAGGAGUUUUGUGAUGGUGAUCCUUCAGUGGUUACUUGUUGCAAGCAUGAGUUUCACCUCCACUGCAUCCUUGAGUGGUGCCAACGAAGCUCUCAAUGUCCCAUGUGUUGGCAACCCAUUAGCUUGAAGGAUCCUUGCAGCCAAGAAUUACUGGAGGGAGUAGAAAGGGAGAGAAGAAUUAGAGAGACCGCAAGAAAUGCACCCAUAUUUCAUCAUCCCACCCUUGGCGAUUUUCAAUUUCAGCAUUUACCUGUGGGUACUACCAAUGCUGAACUUGAAGAGCGCAUAAUUCAGCACUUGGCUGCUGCUGCUUCUAUGGGAAGGGCCCACCACCAUGGUAGAAGGGAAGGCCAUAGGAGCCGAUUAUCUGCUCGUGGUCAUCCACACAUCUCAGUACCUUCUACUCAUUCUAGGUCAUCUCCUCUUGGUCCUGUUCAUGCCCCUGGAGGAGACACUGAACCAGCUGAAAUAACUGUAGCAAGUCCAUCUACCCCACUUACAUCAGAUGGAGACGAAACAUCACGAAUGAGCGCACAAUAUCCUUCUGUUCAUACGGAUGGAAAUUCUUCCUCGCCAUCUGGGUCUUCACGCAUGCAUAGAAAUCGUCAAGGAAAUUCCUCUAGCAAUUUGAGCUCUACUAGCCAUGCCUCCUCUUUGAAUCAGGACAGAGCAGGACCAUCAGAACUUCACUCUCUUUCAGAGUCUCUGAAAUCUAAGUUUAAUUCUAUGUCAAUGAGUGUACCUAGGUACAAGGAAUCGUUUUCGAGGAAUACACGAGGAUUGAAGGAGAGGCUGUUCUCUCGUAGCACUUCUAUGUCGGAACUUAGUUCUGAAGUCCGUAGAGAGGUUAAUGCUGGAAUUGCCACCGUAUCUCGAAUGAUGGAGCGCCUUGAGACAAGAGAUAAUAGUCCAGACAACCAGUCUUCUGGAGUGAAUCAGACUGCGGAUGGUUCUGCUGCAGAGCAGGGCAACCAGAACCGUGCAGAGAUUCAUGGAGAAAACCCUUUGAGUGACAACAAUAGGCCUGGUACUACAUGUGCCGCGGGUUCUGCUUCACAUUGAUCUGCUAUUCAUUGUUUAAGCAAUGCAUCUAUCCUCAGCAUUUCAUAAUUAAGGUUGUUACCCUUUUCUCCAGACAUGGGAUGCUGAGGACGAGAUGCUCUUGCACUUCAGGCCGGAGUUAAGGAAUUUGGGUAUUUGGAAACUAUCUCGAUUGUGGUCUGAAUUCGAAUAAAGAAGAGAAGGUCUCGACAGAAGAGCAUCGAUCUGGACAGAUAUAUUAUAAACGGGUAUUAUCUGUGUAUAUAUUUUUAUAUAUUACCCAACAUAUAGUGCUUUAGAGGUCGCACUUGGUGCGAUGGCAAGUGCCUUCGCCCAUGAGCGGUAGGUCUCGGGUUCGAGACUUGGGAGCAGCCUCUCCAUAAAUGGGGGUAAGGCUAGCCGACAUUCACCUCUCCCAGACCCUGCGUAAAGCGGGAGCCUUGUGCACUGGGUACGACCCAACAUAUAGUGCUUUAAUUAUGUCUGGAUCGUCUAUAUUGGCACUGAAUUAGUUUGGAUGCUAAGGAGGAAUGUUAUGGAAGCCUUUCCGAUAUGCCGUUACACAUUAUUCGUUUGAAUCGAGCACUGAAAUUUUCGUUAACACCCUUAUGAGGACCAGUUCUUUUUUCUUUAAACAUUUUAGGAUGGAAAUUAGUGGAAAGUAAAGUCUACCCACCCUUUAGUUAAGGUGCCAAAAUGCUUUCUAGGUUGAUUUGUCUUUCCUUCUGUUAUUUUGUCUAAUACAGGGACAACUUGAGGAGCGGGAUGUCGUUUUGAGGGAUGUGAGAUAGCUAGCUGGAUUUCCGGCUUUGCAUGCUGAUGGACUUGCCGUCUCACAUCCCACAAAAUUGGAUUCGCUCCUCAAGACAUUUGUUAUAAUAGAAAUGUAUAUGUAUAUAUUUAAAUUUCACCAUUACCAUUUU